GAGAUGUUGUUCAGUUGGUGUUAAGAAAGAAAACAAAUAAUUAUUUAUGUCUUUUAUGUAAAUUUGUUACAAGUAAGAAUUUUUUGUCAAAAUGUUAGUUGAUUUUUAAUCGGACAGUAGCUUUAAAGAAAUGGGUUUGUUGGGUUUAAAAUUAAACAUAAAAUGGGAAAAGUUCCUACUCCUGGACAUAAGAAACGCAACAAACUGAUCCUUUCGUUUGAUGACAGUGCACGGAAAGAAUAUUUAACUGGUUUUCGAAAGAGGCGGCAACAAAGAAAAGAAAAAGCUCAAACUGAAAUCGAGAAAAAACUGAAAAACAAAAUCAGACAAGAAAGAACCAAAAAGCGAAAAGCAAAUCAAGAUAAAAUUAAUGAUAUUUUACAAGGAAUUCGCAUGCCAUACGACAAUAUGAACACAACAUCCGAGCAAUGUGAGAAAGUUGAUUUUGGUACACACGAGGUCACGAUAAAAACAGAUAUUGAUUUCGCGGAAACAGGGUUGAUUAUGGCACAAUCUAAGAAUGAUGAAGUUACACCAGCAAGUUCUAAGCUAAAAGAAGUCAAGAAAAAAGAAAAACCAGUGAAAAAGAUGCACAAAGAAAAACCAGUGAGAAAGAUAAACAAAUAUAAAGGUGGAAAAGUUAGAAGGAAGAAAAAAUGAGUUGUAGAUUUAAAUCUUGGGUCAUAGAUUUAAACCCAGACUUGAUAAAUAGGGAUAUCAACAGCUUGAUUGUGAAGCAAGAAUUAAAAACACGUUGGUGUUGAAAAUGUUGCACUGAGAAGUCAUGAACACAAAUUAAAAAUGUUUGAUCAACUUCUGCUGCAACUGUGCAGAAUAUUUAUUUGGAAAGUUUGUAAAGGACAUUAUUGUUUUUAUCUUUUCCAUUUUCUUGGUUGACAUUGAGUAAUUUUCUCAUUUGUUUACGUUUUCGUAUGUAAAUACUAGCUACCUGGUAUCUUGUGUUUUUUUUCAUCACUUUAAAAUAAUAAUGAUGUUUCA